AUGGAGCAGUCCACGUUGGUGCGUAUAGCUGCAAAAUUCAUCACUCAUGCACCCCCUGGGGAGUUCAAUGAAGUAUUCAAUGAUGUCCGGUUGUUGCUCAACAACGACAAUCUGCUGCGGGAAGGAGCAGCACAUGCGUUUGCGCAGUACAACAUGGAUCAGUUCACUCCGGUGAAGAUAGAAGGGUACGAUGAUCAGGUCUUAAUCACAGAACAUGGUGAUCUGGGCAAUGGCAGGUUUUUAGACCCAAGAAACAAACUUUCUUUUAAGUUUGAUCAUUUGAGGAAAGAAGCAAGUGACCCCCAGCCUGAGGACACAGAAUCAGCUUUAAAGCAAUGGAGAGAUGCCUGUGACAGCGCGCUGAGAGCUUACGUGAAAGAUCAUUACCCCAACGGCUUCUGUACUGUUUAUGGUAAAUCUAUAGAUGGGCAGCAGACAAUUAUUGCCUGUAUUGAGAGCCACCAGUUCCAGCCCAAAAACUUCUGGAACGGUCGCUGGAGAUCGGAGUGGAAGUUUACCAUCACACCACCAACAGCACAAGUGGCUGCGGUGCUCAAAAUCCAGGUUCAUUAUUACGAAGAUGGCAACGUUCAGCUGGUUAGCCAUAAAGAUGUCCAGGACUCCAUACAGGUUUCGAGUGAUGUCCAGACAGCUAAGGAAUUUAUUAAGAUAAUCGAAAACGCAGAAAACGAGUACCAGACAGCGAUCAGCGAGAACUACCAGACGAUGUCGGACACCACUUUCAAAGCCUUGCGCCGGCAGCUGCCCGUCACCCGCACCAAGAUCGACUGGAACAAAAUCCUCAGCUACAAGAUCGGCAAAGAAAUGCAGAACGCUUAACGCGGCGAGGGGGAGAUGCGGGAAACGUUUGUGUGCAAA